AACCCACAGCUAUAAACUACUUUAGAAAGUGAAUUUUUGUGGUGCUUCUGCUGCAGCACUGUGAGUUCAUAGGAGGUUAAACUAAAGUCAGCAGAGGAUUCUAUCAUCAGCAGCCUAUAGAACUCAUAAAUUACUUGUCAGGACCUCGACAGAUGUUUGUCACCUCUGGGUUGGGAGGUUCAACAUUCCUCUGGGCCGGCCUGGAGGGUGUAGAGACCCUGGAGGUAUAAAGACCUCCAGAAGGAACCUCCAGAAGGAACCUCCAGAAGGAACCUCCAGGUCCGGUCUGCAGCAGAACCUUCAUGAUGAGUCGUAGUCCAGAGAGGAUCUCUUCGUACCGCCGACACUUUGACGGAUCUCUGGCGUCUGUUUCUGGAUGUCAGGUCCGAGUGUCCAGUCCAUCUCCGACCCGCAGGGAGAACCGGCACCGCUCGGUCAGCUUCACCCGGGUCGGAUCCGGUACCGGUAGUGGGCGUCGGACCCUCAGCUCCAAGUCCCGCAUGACCGGCGCCGUCAGUUUGGAAACUCUGUACUUCGGGAUGUCGAUGGGACUCGGACCUAAACUGGACCUGGAUGCGGCCGCAGCAGAGAACCAGGCCUUUAUGUUGACCCGCAGCAACGAGAGGCAGGAGAUGGUGGCGCUGAAUGACCGGCUGGCAGUUUAUAUCGAGAAGGUUCGAACUCUGGAGUCCCACAACAAGCUGCUGGAGUCGCAGAUCGAGGCUCUGAAAAGUCGCCACGUCCGACCUUCAGGCCUCAGGCAGCUCUAUGAGGCUCAGCUGAAGGAGCUGAGGAGGGAGGCUGAGCAGAUGAAGAACCAGAGGGAUGUGACUGCAGCAGCUAAGGAGGCGACGCUGGGCCGGCUGGAGCUGCUGAAGACCAAACAUGGAGAAGCUGUGGAGGCCAGGAGGAGGACGGAGGAGAACAUGGAGGCUCUGCGCCCGGAGGUGGAUAAAGCCACGUCAGCCCGCAUCGCUCUGGAGAAGCAGCUGGAGAACCUGGAGGCCGAGGAGGUGUUCCUGCAGAGAGUCCACAAGGAGGAAAUCGAGGAUCUGAUGCAGCAGAUCUCCUCCUCGGUCUGUAAAGUGGAUCAAAGCUUCGGCCUCCCAGACCUGUCCUCUGCUCUCAGACAGAUCCAGACGCAGUACGACGGCAUCGCUGCCAGAAACCUGCAGGAGAUGGAUUCCUGGUACAGAUCAAAGUUUCAGAACCUGAACGACGCUUCAGCCAAACACGCUCAGAGCAUCCGAAGCCUCCGAGAGCAAAUCGCUGCUUAUAAGAAGGACAUCCUCAGCAAAGAGCGUGAACUUGACAGUCUGAAGACCAGGAACGAGUAUUUGGAGGCUCAGAUCCGUGACGUCGUGCUGAAGAACAAGAAGGAGGAGGAGGACAUUCAGGAGCGAGUGGAGGCGAUAAAGCUGGACCUGAAGGUCACCAAGGAGAAGAUCGCUCUGCUGCUGAAAGAAUACCAGGACCUGCUGAACCUCAAGAUGUCCCUGGAGAUCGAGAUCAUCACCUACAGGUGA